CUCGGUUUGGUCUCUCCCAAUUCUUCCAUUCUCCCAUUCCGUUCCCUAUUAAAGGUGCCGCAUUCCGCCCUUCGAGUUGGUUUCUGCUACUGUUCCCCCGAGUGGCCAACUCGUGCGAUCUUCGAGAUUCGCUUGUGGCGUGGAAAGCUACAAUCUAAUCGCCCACCAUGUGGUUCAGCAAUCGAGCCCUACCUCUAACCACCCUUCUUCUCUGCGCCCCUUCGUUGUCCGCCGCUUUCUACCUCCCCGGUGUCGCCCCGACCUCGUACGAUGAGGGUCAGUCGGUGCCGCUCUACGUGAACCACCUCACCCCCGGUCUCGCGCAGCAGGAUGAGCAGCUGCACUCCGUCUUCUCCUACGACUACUAUCACCCAGCCUUCAGAUUCUGCGCUCCCGAGGGCGGACCGAAGGAUGUCCGGGAAUCAUUGGGGUCCAUUCUGUUCGGCGACCGGAUCCAGACGUCACCGCUGGAGCUGCAUAUGGGCCAGAAUGAGACCUGCAAAGCCAUCUGUGGCACGGCCACCUUCGACGCCCGCAGUGCGAAAUUCGUCAACCGGAGGAUCGAGCAGGGAUACAACAUCAACUGGCUGGUCGACGGCCUGCCCGGCGCCCAGAUCAACAUGGAAGCUGUGACCCAGGACAAGUUCUACAGCCCGGGAUUUGCGCUCGGUUCGAUCAACGAUGACGGCCUCCCGGUUCUGAACAACCAUUUCGAGAUCCUGAUCGACUACCAUCGGGUCGGGUACGGGGCCCAGGAUAAGUACCGUGUCGUCGGUGUGCUUGUGCAACCCGAAUCUCGGGCCAAUGCUCGGAUCCUGGAGGACGGGACCGCGGAGUGCGAAACGGAUGGGACUGGCGUUGUCCUGAACGAGGAGGUCGAGACCACCGUGGCUUGGACCUACAGUGUCUACUGGCGUGAGUCGUCCACCCCGUGGGCGACCCGUUGGGAUAAGUACCUGCACGUCUACGAUCCCAAGAUCCAUUGGUUCUCUCUGAUUAACUCGGCCGUGUUUGUUGUGUUCCUCGUGGGUAUGGUGAGCAUGAUUCUUAUCCGGGCUCUGAAGAAGGAUAUCGCUCGCUAUAACAGACUCGACAUGAUCAACCUGGAUGAUUUUGACAGCACUUCGGCAGCCGUGGAGGACGGCAUUCAGGAGGAUUCAGGCUGGAAGUUAGUUCAUGGUGAUGUGUUUCGCUGUCCUAAAGCUCCUCUGCUUCUCAGUGUGCUUGUGGGCAAUGGUGCUCAGCUCUUCAUGAUGACCGGUGUCACCGUUGUUUUCGCCCUCUUCGGUCUCCUUUCCCCUGCAAACCGUGGCUUCCUUGCGACGGCCAUUCUCAUCAUUUACACCCUCUUUGGCUUCAUCGGGGGCUAUGUAUCGGCUCGUGUCUACAAGUCAUUGGGUGGAGAUGCCUGGAAACGCAAUAUUAUCAUGACCCCUGUGCUGGUUCCGGCCCUUAUCUUCGGCACCUUCUUCCUGCUCAACCUCUUUGUCUGGGCCAAGGGAUCUAGCGGAGCUGUACCCUUCACCACCAUGCUCGCCCUGGUCCUGAUUUGGUUCGUCAUCAGCGUGCCUCUCAGUGUGGCCGGAAGCUGGCUGGGAUUCAAGCAACAGGCAAUUGAGGGUCCGACUAAGACCAACCAAAUCCCGCGCCAAGUGCCGCCCAUGGCUGGUACGCUCCGCCCGAUUCCGUCGCUCCUGUUGACCGGCAUUCUGCCCUUUGGAGCCAUCUUUGUGGAGCUUUAUUUCAUCAUGACUUCGCUCUGGACCAACAAGAUCUACUACAUGUUUGGGUUCCUGUUCCUUUGCUAUGGCUUGAUGGUCAUCACCUCGGCUGCCACGACGGUGCUGUUGGUUUAUUUCCUGCUGUGUGCGGAGAACUACCGGUGGCACUGGAGGGCGUUUGCCGGAGCGGGAAUGACCGGAGUGUACGUGUUCCUGAACGCUCUGCUGUUCUGGAUCACGCGGGUCAGUUUUGGUGGCCUCACGGGUGCUGUUCUGUACAUCGGCUAUUCCGCCCUGAUCGGCUUCGUGGUCUUUAUUCUGACAGGCUCUAUUGGCUUCUUCGCCAGCUGGGCGUUUGUGCAGCGCAUCUACGGCUCGAUCAAGGUCGACUAGAGAAUUUGCCGUGACAUUACUGAGUAACUGAUCGCGUCGUCAACUCGGCCCGCUCCCUGUGGAGCCACCGAGGCGUUUUGCCUCGCCCAGGCCAACCAGGAAAAACCCCCUCACUGCCUCAUUCGGGGUAUGACUGUUAUUAUUAUCUUGC